UGGGUGGGGGUAGCACGCAGUUCUCCUCGCAGCAAGCAGGAGAACUCAGUUUCUGCUUCCAGCUCAGGCCUUAGCUAGGAGGAGUUGUGUGUGGGUGUGUUUUUCCCAACAAAGAGGGAUCAGGAGAGAUGGGGGGGGAACUAGAAGGGAACCAGGGAGGGGGGCGGGGAAGGCGAGAGGGCAGCGGAGGGACGAAAUGAGCCCAUUUCAGGGGGAGAAGGAAAAUGAAAGCAAACGGAGUAGGGCCUCCUCGGUUCAGGGAGGGUGCUGAGGAGCAGAGAGCGGGCUCUCUGCCUGCGGCGGCCGGGAUGGCCCGCUGGGGGCACAGAAGAAAGCCUGUUUUAAAUUUAAUCCGAACUUGACGGUGUGGAUUGAACCGGAGGGAAUUUAAAUCAUUAAAAGGGAGACACGCGGUAGGGGGAGGGAGGAGGAUGACUCUAACCUAUCUGUUUGUCUGUCCUUCCCACAGUGCUAGCUUGGCUGUUUUCUCAGUUGCCCAGGUUUGAGGUGAUAGAGGUUUGCCCAUCCCCCUUCAGGGGACUCCUCUCCUGUGCCCACUGGAAUCUGUUGGGGGUGUAAGAGACUGCAGGAGCGUCGGAGCCGACAGAGACAGAUUACGUCAAGAAAUAGUUCCUCCACCUACCUCGUCCGGCCUCCCCGCCCCUGAGGGGCUCCCCGAGCCCAUCUCAGCUCUGGGGGUCCAGGAACCCUGGCUUCUGGGACUGGCAUUUUCAUCUUGUUUUUUUUUUUUUUUUUAAUCCUCAUGGUAGGGGGAGCCAUCUGCUUUUGGCUGCACAUGGUCAAGGGGGGGGGGUCCCUGAUGAGAUAUGAUUCGUCCGGGGAGGGGGGGCUGUCUGGCGCCUUGGGUCCAGAGUUGCAAAUCGCCAGGAAAACGCAGGUCGCGGGGAUCAGCAAAGAGAAGGGGGCGGUAAAGGGGGGAAAAAGCAAGGGGGAAAAAAAGCCCCUGCGCAUUGAUCCGCGCCGUAUUUUUGGGUAAAUACGAUCACGUGGGGGCUGGGGAACCAAUGAGCUGCCGGGAAAAGGCUGGAAAAAUAAUUACCUGCCUUGAUUGUUCUGUGAGCAGAUAAAAAGUACAUAUACAGUUCAUACAAUAAUCUUAUGUAUGUAAAACCCUGUUACGAUGUCGGCGACGGGGCCCAUCAGUAACUAUUACGUGGACUCGCUCAUCUCUCACGACAAUGAAGACCUCCUAGCGUCCAGGUUUCCGGCCACCGGGGCUCACCCUGCCGCCGCCAGACCCAGCGGCUUGGUGCCGGACUGUAGCGAUUUUCCGUCCUGUAGCUUCGCGCCCAAGCCGGCUGUAUUCAGUACGUCGUGGGCGCCGGUGCCCUCGCAGUCGUCUGUGGUCUAUCACCCUUACGGCCCCCAGCCCCACCUCGGCGCCGACACGCGCUACAUGCGGACUUGGCUCGAGCCGCUGUCCGGCGCCGUCUCCUUCCCCAGCUUCCCGGCCGGGGGCCGUCACUACGCCCUCAAGCCCGACGCCUACCCGGGGCGCCGCGCCGACUGCGGCCCGGGCGACGGCCGCAGCUACCCGGACUACAUGUACGGCUCGCCCGGGGAACUGCGCGACCGCGCCCCGCAGACGCUGCCCUCGCCCGAGGCGGACGCGCUGGCCGGCAGCAAGCACAAAGAGGAGAAGGCCGACCUGGACCCUAGCAACCCCGUGGCCAACUGGAUCCACGCCCGUUCCACAAGGAAGAAGCGCUGCCCCUACACCAAGUACCAGACGCUGGAACUGGAGAAGGAGUUUCUCUUCAAUAUGUAUUUAACCAGGGACCGUCGGUACGAGGUGGCCCGUGUUCUCAAUCUCACUGAGCGGCAGGUCAAAAUCUGGUUUCAGAACCGGAGGAUGAAGAUGAAAAAGAUGAAUAAAGAGAAAACCGACAAGGAACAAUCCUAAGCCCUGCCCCAGCCUGCUGCCUCGGCACAGCCAAGGGAAACACAAAAACCCCCACAAAAAAUGCCCCAACCCAGGCGGGAGAAAGCACGAAAAGAAAAGGAAAGAACAAGAUAGAGAAAAGCCCACCGUCUUAAAAAGAAAAGAAAAAAAAGGAAGGGGAAAAAUGCAAACUCUUGCGAUGUGGGAGGGUUAAGUGUUGAGAAAUUGGUGUUUAGAGUUAGUUCUAUCCAUCGAGGAGGAGGCAGGAGAGAAACUGCGUUCUCUUCCCCAGCGCAACUGAAAUAAAUGACACACACAAAUGUGAAUUUUUUUCCUUCUUUCUUCAGAGAAGCCAGUAUUUGAAAAACUCUCUCUCUCUCUCUCUCUCUCUCUCUCUCUCUCUCUCUCUCUCUCUCUCUCUCUCUCUCUCUCCCUCUCUCCCUCUCUCCCUCUCUCCCUCUCUCCCUCUCUCCCUCUCUCUCUCUCUCAUAUUUGGUCUGGGCCAUUCCUUCCUGGGCCUUGGGCGCUCUGCGGGCAGAUUUCAUACAAAAAGACACACAAUGAUGAUCCCCAGUCCAGAGCUGAGGGCCGGACUGCGCUGCUGGCUGGAUCAGGCUGCAAAUGCAGGCUGCUGCCUCAGGCAUGUACAGAGCAGUGUUCUUAACCCAGCGUCCCUCCCCAUCGUCCGUCGUCCUGUAAUGUUGUUCUGUUUGUUACAGUAGAACUCUGUUAAUAUAUCUAAGUCACUUGGAAAAAAAAAAAAGAAAGAAACGC